AUGAUACUUCGUUCAUAUAUCACCUGGUUUGAAGACAAUGACUACAUCGGUCUAGAAGUUGCGUUCCCGGGCGGUUCUACCUGGAAAAUAGAGAGAAAGAUCAGGGAAGUCGAAGUCCUGCACACUCAAGAUGACUAUGAGGAUUUGAAUUGUACGUCACAGGCACGAGCUACGUUUGAAUGCAGCAAAGUUGCUGGAAACGGUCCACCCACAGCCCUGAUCAAGAUUCAUAUGCAAAUUCCAUUAUACAGAACUGCUACCCAGGGGCCUUCGGAAUGCGCCAAGCAGGCAGACCCUGAAAUUCCCCACCUAGCUAGUAACGAGAUUGAAGCUCUCACUAUCUUGACUCAGGCAAAAUGCUCAAGCUCCCCAUAUUUGAUUGACUCAAUGAAUCGACAGCAGACAGAUGGAUGGGUGCUUGGGGGCUAUAUCCAUUAUAUCGUGAUGGAGAUGCUCCCGGGUGUAACUGUGUGUGACCAGUAUCGUCUUAUGGAGCGCAAGGAGCGCGAUGAGCUGCGAGAAGCAUUCAAAAAGGCUUGGAUUGAAUGCGUGUCCUACGGGGUGGAACACGGGGACUCUGGCUCACAGAAUCUUAUCUGGGAUAGAGAAAGGCAGAAGUGUUAUUUGAUCGAUUUCGAGAUGUUUCAUUCCCCGACUAGCAAAUCAAGAAUCUGGCGAGAUAUGCGAUAUUUAGGAUGGCACCUUGCACGAGUUGGAGAUGACGAUAACUAUGAUGACAUGUCGACUUGGAUUUUAUAA